GGAGAUCUGUUUACUAAGAGCCUUUAAUGUACAUUUGUUAUUCACUUUAUCUCUUAUCCCUUACCUGUCAAUUGGAGAAAAUGUCAUCUAUCUCUCUAUGGACUGUUAGAAAUAUUGAGGGAUAUAGGUUAUUUAGCAAAGGGCAGAAAGGAGACAACAGGGAAUAGUAAGAGUUGAAAUAUAAGUAAAAUUGAUAUGAUCACUAUCAAAUCUGGUUACGGUCUCAUUCCUUAAGCCUUUCCCCCUAGCACUCUUGUACUGCCAAUAAAAUUAAAUAUUCCAUUAAUACUGAUGGGGAGGAGAGGUCUCAACAAAAACUCAUUCAAAGAGGAAGAUUUCUACCUGCAGGAAUAAACUGAUUUAUUCAGGGUCAUGAAUGUCAACCAACCAACUGAAUGGACCCCCUUCUCAGCCAGGGCAUUCCAAAGUAAACUUGAAAAACUAGUUUAGGCCAUUAUGGGAAGGAGGGAGUUGGAUGUGCCUCAUUAUACUCUCCUCCCUUUGGAAUUCAGGCACAACUGACCAGCACUAACAUUAAAACAGAGAUCUAAGACUGACAAAGCAGAUUAUUUGUAGCAAUAAGAUACCAAAUUCCAACUGGACUCUAAUAUAACAUCACAUGACAGAUAGCAGGCCCUGAAAGAAAUCCAACUAUUUUACCCCAAAAUGUAUUUCUCUGAAAUAUUAAUAUUUUGAAAUGGCCCUGCAAAUUGGUCACUUUUGGGGAAAAUCUACAUUCUGUAGAGAAUCUCCUUCCCUUUCUAGGUUUUUUCCUGAUUUAAGGAGAAAUUUAACUAAGAAUCUGGCACCUUUUAGGAUCUGAUUUGCCAUCUAAUAUCUGAAGCCUACUACCUGGAGGCUUCAUCUAUGUAACAAGAACCUUGGCUUCCCGCCCCCAUUUAUCUUAACUACAAACAUUUCUUUCUGCCGACUUCAGCUCUUCAGGGAGAGCUUAAUCCUUUCAACUAACUGCCAUCAGGAAAUCUUUGAAUCCACCUAUGACCUGGAAGCCCCCAACUAACCCUUUCAAACUGUCCAGGCUUUCAGGACCAAACCAAUGUACACCUUACAUGUGUUGAUUGAUGUCUACCUAUAAAUUCUGUCCCCCUAAAAUGUAUAAAAUCAAGGUAUGACCCAACCACCUUGGGAAUAUGUUCUUGAGACUGUGCCUUGGGCCUUGGCCACUCAUAUUGGGCCCUAGAAUAUUUAUUUCUUCAAACAUUCUACAGAGUUUGACUCUUUCUUGUUGACAUUAGUCAGCUUGAGAUGUGCAAUUAUUUACUGACAAUCUUAAAGCUCAAAAUACUAGGAUCUAAGACAAAGGUAGCUAAAACUGAAUCACAAUCAAACUGACUUCAUAAUUAAUGCUUUAAUCAGGAAAGUCUCAGCAUAUUCCUUAAGAUACUCAAGCACUUGCUUCAAGAAAAUUUCUCUAAAUAAACCCUGUAAAGUUUGCCAUUGUUCCUAGCCACAUUUUUCUGGUGCUUCUAAUAGAUCAUUUGUUCUAGAAAACACUUAGAAUCUGAAACCCAAAGGUUGAGCAUGUAGACUUCAUGAAAGCCCAAUCCCCUACAACCUGAAAUACCCAGGAAUUUUCUCAAUUUGAGUAAAAAGAUUUACUGUUCAAGUUAUGUAAAACCAAAUCCUUGAACUUGACUUUUGAAAGAAUUAAGUCACACAGCAAAAUUCACUUUAAGAUGCAAUGCAACCCACACUAUGAAUCUGUUAAUUCUGUCUUUGUCAAACUACCCAAAAAAUCAAUUUGUCUUUCUUGUUAUUGCAGGAAAUAGAGGUUUAUUCCUCAUUAAUCAGAAGGGGGGCAGUUUAGGAGCAGUUAUUUACUAAGCCCUUUAAGUUAUACUAGACAGACCAUUUUAAAAUCACAGUAUCAUUUUAGAAAAAUACAGUCCAAAUAGCAAGUUUAGGGUACCAAUCAUUUAAAAUGUAAUAGAGAUGAGUACACACAGACACACUCACAACCUUAACACUGAGCUUGAGGAAAGUAUAAAGCUUGCUCAUUUUAAAACAAGAUUCUGCUGGGUGCGGUGGCUCUUGCCUGUAAUCCUAGCACUUUGGGAGGCUGAGACGGGUGGAUAGCCUGAGGUCAGGAGUUUGAGACCUUUAGCCUCAAAGCUGAAACCUUUGGUUUCAGCCUGACCAAUAUGGUGAAAUCCCGUCUCUACUAAAAUUACAAAAUUACAAAAAUCAGCCAGGCAUGGUGGCAUGUGCCUGUAAUCCCAGCUACUCGGGAGGCUGAGACAGGAGAAUCCCUUGAACCCGGGAGGCAGAGGUUGCAGUGAGCCAAGAUUGCGCCACUGCAUUCCAGCCUAGGUGACAAAGCAAGACUCCGUCUCAAAAAACAAACAAACAAACAAAAACAAGAUUCUACUUCUUUUGAGAUUAAAGUUAUUUUUUAUUUCUAGCAUUAACUGAACAAAAAUUAAGUUACUCAAACAUAACCUUAGGAAAAGCAACCCUGUAGCGUAUAACUAUUACUGGAAGUAGUGAGGAAACUUUUUACUCCAACCCCUGUCAGUUUGGAAGGGAUGAAAUAUGUUCCUGGCAUUGCUGGUGGCAUCUCAAAGGCACAUUUUAGUCCCUAAAUGAAAAGGCAAAAGUUUGCAGGUGAACCUACAAAAAAGCUACUCAACCUGACUGCACUAAACAAGUAUCAUCCCACCAUAUUUCUUAGAUAAAAAGUGUUCUAAAUUGAAAGAUCCACAUAAUCUCUUCCGCCAAACAAAGGCUUUCUUUUCUCCUUCUUCUACACAUUCUCCCUAGGGAACCUGGUCAUUCCUACUGCUUUAAUGAACCUAUGGUCACUCUGCCAUCUUCCAUGCUGACCCACCCACAUACAUUUUUGUUCUUCAGACAUGCCGUGCUCUCUCUCACGUACCUAAAAUACUCUUCUCCCCUCCUUCCAACUCCUACCCAUCGUUCAGAUGAGAAACUACUUCCUUGUGGAAGCUUCCACUGGCCAACCUCAGCCCUAAGUUCAAGUUCAGUGUCCCCACAGAAUGCUCCCACAUCAUCUCAUGUUUCCUCUCAAAGACCUUCUCAAAUCAUACCUUAGGAUAAUUACCUGUUGACUUGUCUGUCUCCCAUUGGACAUGAAUAAAAUGAGAAACCAAUAACCAAUUAGAGACACGUUUAAAAGAUAUAUGACUUCAUGUGUAAUCUGUGUGGCAAGUCAUCAGUCUCUGCUUCCUUGUCACUAGUUAGAAUAUAAGACUUCAAAUAAACCUCUGCUUUCUAUCCUCAUUUUAAUCUAGAGUAAGCCUGAGGUGGGUAGAGGAGGGUGAAAUACAGUGUUUUAACCCUUAACAUUUAAGGACUGUUUAAAAAGGUAACAAACAGGGAGGUCUGACUAGUUUAACAGGAAGAUCUAGUUAGAUAAAAUACCUGUUCAGCCAUUAGAAAAUUCAACAACAACAAACAAUGAAUUAUAGCAUUUUACAAGACCAAAUAAGAAUCAGCAUUGAAGCUUCUUCUACCCAAGACAAUAAAAAAGAGAACUGGGGCUGUCAUCCAUACAGUAGAGACCUUCAAUAAAGCAAGAGAUGAAGAUCUUGAGAAAGGAAGUGAUAACCAAGCUGUUGCUCACAACCAAGAAGGUUUCUGAGAGGAAAGAGAACUUUAAAGAGAAUUAUCAAGAAAAAUGUUUGAAAACUAAGGGAAACUAGCAGCUUUUAGGGAGUCAGUACAUGUCUUCAUGAGUAGGGCUAAAAGGCUUGCUGUGGGCUGGGCAACACAGUGUAGUACAACAGACAUUUAAUGAAUAACAGGAGAAGCAAUUUGACCUUCGUUGUUCUACCUGGCCCACAAAUGGCUGGUGGGCUCUACCUAAGCUGAACAUGUAACAAGAGUUGCUGGGAGUGCUUUAUGCAAAGCUCAACAGUAGAUCAAUCUUAGAAUACAAUGAUUAUAUAGUCCUGUAUUCCUAAAUUCUUUUCAAAGAGUGCCCUCUUCUUAAAUUACAAAGAGCAGAACAGACACGGCAGACAUACACAGACAAAUGCAACAAGCAUCAAGACGAGCUCUCAGUAUACCUCACUGGUCCCUCCAGCCUGAGGAAGCCCCUUUCAGCAAUGUGCAAUACAAGGAGGAAUCAACAUCUGAACUGCAGAUGGAACGCUGACAUGCUGCUAUAAACCGUACAGAGUAAGAAAUGAUCUUGUUCUCUUUGGGCCAAAUUUUUAUGAAUUUUCUUCGCAUUAACAAUAUCACAUAUUCAAUGUUUUUUUUUUUUUUCCUUGCCAUAUCACUUGUCACUGCCCCUCCAGCCCAGAACCUAUUAAGAGGGUUCUCAGAUGAUGGUUUCCAAGCUUCAUCAACCUUAAGUGCUAGCAUAUAGCAACAAACACGCAAACUAACCCCUUAAAUUUAGACAACUGGGUCAGAGAGCCCACUAACAUUGAACGAUUCUUCAAGUAAGUAUGAAUGUGUAUCUUACCUCUUAAUUCUAUCCUGUGCAAACAGCUUUGUAUAGCCUCUUGGGGCCAUCUAUGUAGGUAAGAGGAAAUACAUCUACAUCAAAAGCUACUCAGAAAUGUAGAGAGAAGAAAGGAAGGACAACCCAAACUUGGCUAUGUAUUUCAGAAUAAAAGAUGAAGCAUGCUACACAGAGAAGAAAGGGGAAACAUGAACAUAAUGAAGCCACUAGCAGAAGAAGAGUUUUAAAAAGCGGGGGGGGGGGGGGGGGGGGUUGCCAUAAACAUUUCAGCCUGUGCUUUAAUCAACACUUCAAGAUGGUCUGGGCAUGGAGGCUCAUGCCUGUAAUCCCAACGAUUUGGGAGGCUGAGGUGGGAGGACAGCUUGAGCCCAGGAGUUCAAGACCAGCCUAGGCAACAUGACGAAACCCCGUCUCUAUGAAAAAUUAGCCAGGCAUGGUGGUACGUACCUGUAGUCCCAGCUAUCUGGGAGGCUAAGGAGGGAGAUCAAUGGAGCCUGGGAGGUUACGCCACUGCACUCCAACCUGGGCAACAUAGUGAGACCUUGUCUCAAAAACAAACGAACAAACACAAAAACUUCAAGAUAGAUUCUGUUAUUUUUGUUUUGAUGUCUAUAAUAGAAAUAAAACAUCUUAAUAGUAUAAACGUUCAUCUGUCCAAACUUCUAUGGAAGAUCUUCCAUACCUAAUGCCCAACUUAGACGCAUUGCUCCAAGAUUUCUUCCUGAAUUAUCUAGCCCUGGGCAGAAAAUACAAGGGAAGCAGGUCGUCACAUGAUUCUGACCCUGAAACUUCCCCAACAGCAACAACUGCCGGAGUGCACAUGUAUCCAAAACUAGAAGGAUAUAUCCCAAAAUGUGUAAGGUGCAUCCAAAGAAACACUGCUUACCAUUGUUAGUGUAACCAGAAUCCUUUUCUACUGCUUUCUCAGUUGUUUACUAACAAGAUAACAAAAGGACUUUAAAAAUCAAAAUCAGCUGGCAUGGUGGUUGACACCUGUAAUCCCAGAAACUUUGGGAGGCCAAGGUGAGAGGAUCUCUUGAAGCCAGGAGUUCGAGACCAGCCUAGGCAACAUAGUGAGACCCUGUCUCCACACAAAAAAAUUUUUAAUUAGCUGGGUAUGGUGGCAUGUGCUUGUAGUCCUAGCUACUCUGGAGGAUCACUUGAACCAGGAGUUCAUGGUUACAGUGAGCUAUGAUCGUGCCUCUGCAUUCCAGCCUGGGUGAAAGAGCGAAGACACCGUCUUAAAAAACACACACACACACACACACACACACACACACACACCCCAACAAAAUAAAAUCAACAGAAGGCAGGGAUGGAGACAAGGAUCCAGGCAGAAAUGGAGAUUCUGGUAGUCUAAUGUAGACACUCUACUAUUGAAAGAUUCCCUUCUCCUUCAAAAAAAGACAAGCUAGUAAAACCCACUUACUCUAACACAAGUCUGGCUACAACAUAAGCCUAAGUAUGUGGUUGCCAGUUAACACCUUAAAAGGUUCUUAGCAGAGGACAUAAGAUCCACAACAUCUAGGACCUCCACCCUAAAAGUGGCUUUUUUUUUUUUUAAAGAUGGAGUCUCACUCUGUCACCCAGACUGCCACCUGGUUCAAGUGAUUCUCCUGCCUCCGCUUCCUGAGUAGCUAGGAUUACAGGCUCCUGUCACCGCGCCCAGCUGAUUUUUGUAUGUUCGGUAGAGACGGGAUUUCACCAUCUUGGCCAGGCUGGUCUUGAACUUCUGACUUCAUGCUCUACCCACUUCGGCGUCCCAAAGUGCUGGGAUUACAGGCUACCACUGUGCCUGGCCAGCUAUCAUUUUUUUUAAAAGCAGGGAUUGAGACUGCCAGCAACAAGGUUUAUUUUAACAUGCUCCUCCAAAACACCUCUGGGCAACACUUCGGUGCCAGGGCAUACACAAUUUUUGGAGCUGGGUAUGAUGAAAGAAACAUUUGCCUUUUUAGCAUAAAGCAAAUAUAAAGCUCCCUCUCUACCCUCCCUCCCACAGAAGAACAGGAAAUUUCAUGAAUAUAUCUGUACAUUUGCUUCUCCAAGUAGGGGAAUAACUCUCCCUAAUCAGCAAUACAUAUGAAAAGCAAACUCUCAUGUGGAGGAAUACAGACAACUACAGCCAUCUAAGCCCUGCCACUUGACUCACUUAAUUUGCUUAAAACCAUUUACAGAGAGGAGACGGGUUAGAUUUUACUUCUCCUUUGCCUUAUCAUGAACAUCUAAAGCAGUGAAAAUUGAAACAGAUCAUAUGGACAGUACCUUCCAGAAGUAGUAUUGCCACUUUAAGUCAAAGGCAUAUGUUUGCGGAAAAAAGCUGCUCUACAGCGAAACCAAGAGAAAGUUUAGAAAGAAUAGAUAUGUAGCCCUUUUAGCUAAAGAAAGAUAAAGACCAAAAAAUGAUACAAAAUUCCAUCAAUGGGAACUCUGCACUCUACCAAUUUUAAGGCAAACUCCAUGUCUUCUUUGGUUCCACAGCCUGAACCUCUUGAACCCAAAGAGUGGGCAGGUGAGAAAGAUGGCUGGUGACUUGGAAGGGGCUGUGCUCUCUGGCACCAUGAUACUGCAAGCAUUACUGCCCACUUCCUUAGAGGCCUUCAAAAAAUAAUUACUCUUGAUUGCACUGAUGCUUCUCUGGGCAAUUUUCCUUGCCCACAAAUCUGUUAUAAUAGUACUGAGAUAAUAUAAUUUAAGUAGUCUCCAUUUAUUAGUAUUUAAGAGGUAGGCCAAGCAGACUAAAAACCAAGAGUUUAAGGGCACGGAGAUGCUUUUCCUUCUGCAUGUUAACACACAACUCAUUCCUAAUCGUGGUGGCUCUAAUCCAACUGACUAAAAUGCUUUUCUCCCCAAGGAACUAAAGUGGUUACUUGAGAGAAGAGUUUAAUCCAGCUUCUCCUGCGUGGCAAAGGGUUUUUUUCAUCAGAAGGUAGCUGACUUCAAUAAGGGCAUUUACAACAUCCCAAGGGCUUAUUUUCAUUUAAGAAAUUUAAGAGAACACUCCUAUGAGACUACUGUCCUUAGAACUUUUGGGGGCAAGUUCCUGUAGAACAGUAGCUCUGAAACCUAGGGUGAGAGACCCUGUAGGAAUUGGACUCAACCUCAUCCACAGAAAAAUGAACAAGCAAAAAAAUUUCACAAGACAGUUUAUGGAACCAGGUUAAGAAGUUCUAGCCUAUUGGGAGAGACUACAGAAAAGAUUAAGGUCAGAAGGGGAGUAGCAUUCCCGGGGUCUAAAUCAGGACUUGUUUCCUUCCCUUCUUUAACCAGCAAGAAGGAACAAAGAGGACGUACUAGUGCAGGCUCAUUGCUAAGGACUCAAGAGUCUGUUCACUGGCAACUUUGGCUUGGGAAUUUCCAUUCAGCCUACAAAAUUUGUCCAAGAACCACAAUGCCGAUCUCAUCUUCUUUGCUUCCUCUGUCCCUUCACAGGUGUCAGACCUGCCCUGUGGUAUGAAGACUCUUAGAGCAUUCUUGCUGCCUUCUGUCUCCCUUUGUACUUCAUAGGCAUUUUUUCCUCUUGUACUUCUAAUCUUAUCUUGGGAUCACUUCUAGGAGGACUCAAACCACACACCUGCACUGCUGCAGUUUUCAUAGCACCUUUAUACAGAGCCCUAAGGAAGGGACCUUGGAGUCUCACAGCUCUCACUCCAGUACAACACUACAACAGAAAAAUUUUACCCAAGACAAUUACUUCUUAGAUCUGUCCAGUGGGAUGAAUCCCUCAGAAUCAAAAAGGCCAACGAUGUUCUUGUUUCACAGACACCAUCAGUAGUUUUAAAGAUGUCUGUCCUUAGGUCUGAGACAAGACCCACAAAGGAUAAGUGCCAAUGAUAUGGGAGAAAUAUGUAUGUUGGGUCAAAUCAAUAAGGCAAGAUGUAGAAAAGGCCUUACCUUUGUCAGGCCUGAAAAUAUAACACUGAUUCAUCUAGAAACAUCUUUUGCAUUUAUAUAACACUAAACAUGGAGCUAUACAUCCACAAUUGAGGUCUGAAAAGUGAAGACACCAUUCAACAGAGAAAAACUGGAGUUAGGGCAAGCAAAAUCAAGUCAAAACAAAAAUCCCAGUCCAAAGCAUGAGUGACCUUUUGUAUUCACAAGACAGGUUCUAACAACAGCAGUAGGCUCAGUUAAGUCAGCCACCGGGAACUAGUGUGCAAAUGCUCUAUUAUUUCAGUGUCACAACCACCAACCUCAGUACCAGCGGAGGCUUUUAGUUACGGAGUAGGUGAGAUUUUUGAGGUAAAAUACAAGGCAUCAUGUCAGAAUCCAGCUACACGGUAUCACUUGUCCUAAAUCAUCUCUGCUUUGCUGUUAAUGCUUAGGGCAUGUGCAUUAAAAUGACUGUAUCAACCUGCCUUGUCCUCCCAGGAGGACAUUUAAAGAUCAACUCUGCAUUAUUUUUCAAUCAGUAUGGCGACAAAACAUUGUUAUAAAAUAGGAGAAAGAAAGAGAAAUCUUUUUAGAGUUAGAGUUCCCCCUGAAAUUCUCAAAGCAAAAAAUAACUACAUGCUUUGUUUUGCAAGCUUCCCCUCCCCCUUUAUUCUUGGUUUAUAAUGUUAAGCUCCUGGUGACAAAGAAGCCAAGCCCACUUAGCUAGUUUAUCAACACAUCUAAAGCAAAUCAUAGUCAUACUUUGAUUUUAACCAAGCAUGACAACAAGGCAACUGAAUAGCUUUCCAAACUACCAGUGCAGCGACACUACCUUGCAUAGGCUGGUGUUAAAUCAGCACUUCAUAAAUUGUGCAGGCUUCUGCCCAUUUAGAUGAUCUCUCUAUGCAGAAUCGGCAGUCUAACACUGGCUCUCACAAGCAUUAAAAAUCAUCACUCUGCUAACCCAACUCACUGUUCAGAUGGGUCUUCUUGAAUGCAGCCUUUAUUACAACCUCACUGCUGCUUCCUACACUGAAGGAAUACCAUGUUUUUAAGUCAGGAGUUCUUCUUUCUCGCUUUAUUGUAAUCAGGGGGUCCUGCAACGACCCUGAUGCUGUUACAAAGCACGGUGCUUUAUAACAGUAAAGCUUCUGGAAAACCCAAACAAAAGACACGUCAUCCGGUGACGUCAGCCUAUAUACAGUUCUGUGUGGUCGCAGCACAUAAGCAAAUCCAUUCUUGUGCUGCUUCUCGGAAAAGCUUUUCAGUAAAUGCACUCAUGCUGCUCCAGGAGCUCUUCUCUGCAACAAGCCACCCAUCUGCCAUCAACAAGUUAAGACCAAGAGAACUAACGGCUGCGGAAAGGAGACUGAAGCUUUGAUUAACCAGCUGAGCAGUUAGAGGUGGAGAAAUUUAAUAACUUAUAUUCAAAACUGAUUUAGGGAUCAGAGCAAUCACAGAAAAUGAAACCAAUGCUUUCCAGAGGGAUAUCCUAAGGAAAAAACAACUCAUCCUGGUGGAUUCAAUUUUACUUGGAAAGCCUGGGACACAGAAAACAGGAAACUGGUCAAAGGCUCCUACAUGUUAGAGCCUUUUACAGACUCACUGCGUUGAGUCUAACAACCGCGACUGAAUGCAGCCUCCAAUGUGCUCAGAAGAAUGGGCUUACAUUUCAAGUGGCCAUUAGGGGCCCCUAUGCUGGCAGCAAUAUAUGCAAUGAGUAUGGUUUUAAAAAUGCUGCCUGCCCUGGGUAUGGCGUGUCCACCCAAAUGCCGCUGCGAGAAGCUGCUCUUCUACUGCGACUCUCAGGGCUUCCACUCAGUGCCAAACGCCACAGACAAGGGCUCUCUGGGCCUGUCCCUGAGGCACAAUCACAUCACAGAGCUCGAAAGAGACCAAUUUGCCAGCUUCAGUCAACUUACUUGGCUCCACUUAGAUCACAAUCAAAUUUCAACAGUAAAAGAAGAUGCUUUUCAAGGACUAUAUAAACUUAAGGAAUUAAUCUUAAGUUCCAACAAAAUAUUUUACUUGCCAAACACAACUUUUACCCAACUGAUUAACCUGCAAAAUUUGGACCUGUCUUUUAAUCAGCUGUCAUCUCUGCACCCAGAGCUCUUCUAUGGCCUUCGGAAGCUGCAGACCUUGCAUUUACGUUCCAACUCCCUGCGGACUAUCCCAGUACGCCUGUUCUGGGACUGUCGUAGUCUGGAGUUUCUGGAUUUGAGCACAAACCGUUUGCGAAGUUUGGCUCGCAAUGGAUUUGCAGGAUUAAUUAAACUGAGAGAGCUUCACCUAGAGCACAACCAGCUGACGAAGAUUAAUUUUGCUCAUUUCCUACGGCUAAGCAGUCUGCACACGCUCUUCUUACAAUGGAACAAAAUCAGCAACUUGACAUGUGGGAUGGAGUGGACCUGGGGCACUUUAGAAAAGCUAGACCUGACUGGAAAUGAAAUCAAAGCCAUCGACUUGACAGUGUUUGAAACGAUGCCUAAUCUUAAAAUACUCCUCAUGGAUAACAACAAGUUAAACAGCCUUGAUUCCAAGAUCUUAAACUCCCUGAGAUCCCUCACAACCGUUGGCCUCUCUGGCAAUCUGUGGGAAUGCAGCGCCCGAAUAUGUGCUCUGGCCUCCUGGCUGGGCAGUUUCCAAGGUCGGUGGGAGCAUUCCAUCCUAUGCCACAGUCCUGACCACACCCAAGGAGAGGAUAUUCUAGAUGCAGUCCAUGGAUUUCAGCUCUGCUGGAAUUUGUCAACCACUGUCACUGCCAUGGCUACAACUUAUAGAGAUCCAACCACUGAAUAUACAAAAAGAAUAAGCUCAUCAAGUUACCAUGUGGGAGACAAAGAAAUCCCAACUACUGCAGGCAUAGCAGUUACUACCGAGGAACACUUUCCUGAACCAGACAAUGCCAUCUUCACUCAGCGGGUAAUUACGGGAACAAUGGCUUUAUUGUUUUCUUUCUUUUUUAUUAUUUUUAUAGUGUUCAUCUCCAGGAAGUGCUGCCCUCCCACUUUAAGAAGAAUUAGGCAGUGCUCAAUGGUUCAGAACCACAGGCAGCUCCGAUCCCAAACACGACUCCAUAUGUCAAACAUGUCAGACCAAGGACCGUAUAAUGAAUAUGAACCCACCCAUGAAGGACCCUUCAUCAUCAUUAAUGGUUAUGGACAGUGCAAGUGUCAGCAGCUGCCAUACAAAGAAUGUGAAGUAUAAUAUCUACCCGUCAUCAAAAAUCACAUCAGAUAAGUAACCUAUUUUACAUAGUAGAGGCUAAAUACAUAUCUAAUUUUUACCAAUGGUGACAUUAAGCCUAAUUUUCCAAACUAAGUGGAGACUUAGUUUUUGAAGUGAAGUAUUUUUAAUUUUUUAAAUGAAACCAUAUUUUAAGUGUUAAAUGAAUCAAUGCUCACAUUAAUUUGCACUCCUGUUGGAAAGUCUAAAAUGCUUACUUCAGAAUAAGAAAUGUAUGUAAUUAUAUACAAUCGUGUGUAAACCUUUACACUAAGGUCUCCAUAUGCUAUUUUUUUCUACUGAAAACAAUUUAGAAAGAAGCUAUUGGGCAGAAACAGAUAUAGAUCAAUACCUGUUUGAUCACUGCUCUCCAUCCCAUGUACCACAACUAUCUUGCUGCUUAAAAGGAGACUUAGUAAAGUUCUCUUGUAUGAUAAUUUGGUAUUUACUCAAAUCUUCAAUUUCUUGCCAGUGUGGGAAGUAGAAUUUCAUGUAUGCUGAAGACUGGUAAAUAUUAAACAUUCUUCUUCCAGAGUUUCUGCCUGGGUUAGUAGAUAUUAUCAAAGUCCAUAUCAUGAAAUCAGAACCCUUUAAUGUAAUUCUAAUAAGAUGAGUGACUCUUUAAUAUAUUUACACAAUGAAUCCAAGUGACUGUGAAAAGGUCUCAUUACAAUGAAAUCAAUCCUAAAUAAUUACACCGACUUCUUAUACAUUUCUCGUUUGAGUUAUAAUGGACAUGAUUUUUGUGGCAUUUAGACAAUUGUUUUAAACUAGUAUUAAAUUGUCAUUGUACUAAUUAAUAUACUAAAUCCUAUGUUUACAUUAAUAUGUGAAAAAAGAUUUAGAAAAUAUUUUGGAGAUAAACAAGACAAACUGAGUCAAUUUAACAAUCCUGACAUGCUCCCUCCAAUUUAAAAGCACACACACACACACUCGCGCUCUCUCUCUCUCUCUCUCUCAACUGUCAUGAUCAAAGAUGCCUUGACAAAGGGGUUUAAACCUCUUUCUUCUGCUUCUUCCUGAUCUUCAAACCUCAAAGAGCCAAGUUAAAAAUAAUUGGCUAGCAACAGGCAUAACACUGAUUCUUAUUGUAUUACAAAGGAACCAUAAAAAAAAACACUUUCUCACUAUUAUAUAAUAAAUUUCGAUCUUUCAAUAAAGAUACGCAUUCACACUGUAAGUGUAGUUCAGUGUAGGUGAAGAAAACAGCAUCACUGAGAUGAAUCUUAUGGUAGAAUAACUCGACAUGCCUAUGCAGCCACACAGUGGUAACUUGAAGGCAGCACGGAGGUGAGGGAUUAAAAGGAAAGGCAGAUUUUGAAAUCCGACUCUCAGGUUAGCUGGAGUUACAAGGCAGCCAAGAAUGAUCAUACACAAUCUGCACCAAACAGGGAAAGAGGACCUGCUAUUGAAAAGGCAAGAGGGGUAGCUUCUCCAAUGUAAAUAUAAACAUUCCAUAGUUAACAAAUGAUAAGGAUGCCACAUUUUUCAUGCAGAAAAGAACCACAGGUAUUCAGUUUCUUGUAUUAUGAUUUCUAAAGAAAACCUAUUAAAUAUUUGGAAUUUAGAUGCAAGCUACUCAUUCACACAGAAUUUUUCCAUAAACAUUGUUCCAUAUAUUGAAAAAACUGUAAAAUUAUAGCACUAACUUGAUUUUAGAAAAUGAGCAUUUUUUACAACUGCCAUUUACUGUAUGUAGAAAAAAGACAUAAAACCUUAGAGAAAGCCACUACCAUUUUUAAAGUUAUCUUUUCCCCAACAUCAACAUCAACAUGAUAUCCUUCAUUCAGGGCAUAUUUUUUCUUCCCAGGAUCGAACUGAAAACAUGUUAAGGCUAUAGUUUAACCUGUAAGAUUUAAUCACAAUUUUUCUUCUUUAAUACUAAGAGAUGGGUACCUUAGUACCCUUCACCUAACAUCUCUCGGUAAAAAGCAGACAAGAUCACAAAUUACAGUAAAAAUGUGCUCUCUUUUUUAAGGUGGGCAGAUUAGUUUGUCAAAGUCUCAGCCCAGUUCAAUUCAGUUGAUCUCGAGCGGUGAGUAUUUCAUCUCUUGUUAAACCAGACCCUGGGCUUGUCUGGGCAGAGGCAGAAGCUGAUUUAACGGCAUAGAGCACAGCGCCCUACUUCCCCACAGACAGGCUGAAUUAGAAGCCCCUAUUACAAAUAAGAGCACCACGAGCUAAAAUUUACCAACCCAUUAUCAGGACGACCAUUGCCAUGUGUCAGGUGACAGCUUGGUCACAACACAACUGUGUCCUGAGCACACAAGAUUCCAUAAGCCCUGAAGGACAGCAGGGGAGUAUUUUCCAUCAUUUCAAACCACAACCAAAAUUAAGAUUCAAACUGUGGGAUGGGUAAGAAAUCCCCUCCUUUGGCUGGGAAUCUCCACCUUAAUCCUUAAAGGACCAUAACUGGCAAAAUCCUUAGUGUAAGGACAAAAGCAAAUUGGAAAAGCAAGCCAUUUACUAAUUCAGAGGAACAGCACAGCCAAGGCUAGCGAGGCAUACUUUCCAGUUGAAAAAAAUCAAAAUUUUUUGCCUUCCAUUUUUCUGGGUAAUGUCCUUUAAGAAAAGUGAAUGACAGUAGUACCAAAAAGGUAUUUUCCUUUCUCAUUUAAAAGCAAAAACCUCCCUUUUUAAUUGCCUGUAGAAGGCAAGAUUUCCCUUCAUUUUUGUCCAUUUGUGUUUCAGAAUCAGCACAGGUUUGAAGAUUAGACUGUUGGUCAUCUGUGCUUUCUUUACCAACUGGCUAGAACGGAACAGCAUCACAGCAACGCUGCGGAUCUUGGUUACACAGUGUCAGAGCUUUUGUUUUUUGGUGGGGUUUUAUCCUCUUCACCACCACCACCCACUCCAUUUUUUUUCUAUUUUUAAGAUUAGAGGAAAAUGACCAUUAAGAACCAGAAAAAUAAUUAAUCUCUCUGGAAAAAGGAAAGCUAGAGAAGACUAUGAUACCAUACCCAUCUAGAAACCAAGAACUACUUUGAAGUCGUUUAUAUUCAUUUCUGUAGCAUGACAGGGAUUUCAAUCACCUUUCUGAAAAGAGUGGGCUGAUAAACUUGUAAAUCCACACACAACUCUGAAAUACCCACUGCCAGCAUCAAAAAGCAAAGAUACUAAUUUUUUAAGCCAAAAAUCUGUACUAACACAUGUAAUUUCUUAAUAUGCCUAAGUUAAUUUCUGUACCAAUUCAAUAAAUGGAAUUGACUGAACUUCCCAACGCCACUAAUUAUUAAAAUCCAUCUGCUUAUUCUAAUGCUAGUCACCAAGAGCUAGACUCCAUCUUUCCAAUAAAAAUGAGCCCUAUGUAGCACUAGGUUUGAAUUCUAAAAUUCAAAACAGGCAUUUCAUUUUCUUAAGGCACACUUCCUACACACAGCUAUCAGGGGAAAAAGCUAUAAAUGUCCUGUUCUUUUUCUGAAGUGUGGAUAUCAAUAUAAAAUUUGUUAAAGAAUAUUUUUAACAGCUGACUUACAUGAUCGUUUUCCUAAUACAGCAAUACAGCGACAGACCUAUCUGAAAAGUCUGUUUGGGGACAUACUUUUCAUAUCUUAUUGAUUAAAGCCCUUGAGCCAGGAAAAAAAAAAAAAAAAAAAAGAGAGAGACAGUAAGGCCAUCUAUAGAUAAUUAAAUAUUUCUCUAUCUAACCUGGGGCAAA